AUGGCUUCAUAUUCCGACGAGAAAGACUUUCCCACUAACAAGCUUGAGCAUGGACCGACAAACAUUGAUGAUGAUGAAGAAUAUACCUACAAGGAGCAAAGAAAGAUUGUCCAUCGUGUCGAUCGAAGGCUUGUUGUUAUCGCCGGACUCGGGUACUGCAUCAGCUUGAUGGAUAGAUCUAAUGUGUCGACUGCCUCAAUAGCAGGGAUGAACGAGGAUCUGAAAAUGACUGAAGGAUAUCGCUAUUCUUUGGUAAUGCUCAUCUUUUUCAUACCAUAUGUACUCUGCCAGCCAUUCGUAACCGCUACAAUUCGAAAGUUUGGCCCACGAAACUUCCUGACCACUAUGGUUAUAUGUUGGGGAGGCAUUACAAUUGGCAUGGGAUUCACGAAAACAUGGCAGCAUGCCCUCAUCGCGCGGGUAUUCUUGGGAGUCUUUGAAAGUGGCUAUUUCCCAGGCGUGGUAUAUUUAUUGUCAUGCUGGUAUUCUAGAUACGACAUGCACAAGAGAUUUUCAGUGUUCUACUCAAUUGGUCUCUUUUCUCAAGCAAUCGCCAACAUUCUUGCAUAUGGGCUUACCCACAUGGAUGGCGUUGAGAAUCUUGCAGGGUGGAGAUGGAUUUUUAUCAUUGAAGGCGUGGUCCGUUAUCACGUUGCUAUAGGCCUUUUAGCAUUUGUGAUGCUUGUAGACUUUCCAGACAAAGCACAUCGAUCAUGGAGGUUUCUCAGUGAAAGAGAGUGUGCCUUCGUCAUCCGCCGGGUGAAUAGAGACAGAGGAGAUGCUGAGCCCGAAGACUUCUCGAUCAAGAACUUUCUUCGACAUGCGGCGGACAUUCGGCUCUGGGGCUAUGGGCUUAUAUUCUGCUGCCUGAUGACUGUGACCUACGCCAUCGGAUACUUUCUUCCAUUGAUCUUGCGCAAUGGGAUGGGGUUUGGCGUCGGGGAAUCGCAGUAUCUGAGUGCACCACCAUACGUAUGGGCUUGCAUUCUCAUGAUCUUUGAAGGCUGGCUUGGCGACAAGUACCGGCUACGCGGGCCAAUUCUUAUCGUCAACGCUUUAAUGCAACUAGUGGGGAUCUCACUGAUGGGUUUAGCCAAAGGCAACGGUGUUCGAUACUUUGGGGUGUUUCUGGUGACAGGAGGAGUAAACGCCAGCGCACCGACUGCUCUGGCAUACCAGGCAGGCAAUAUCCGUGGUCAGUGGAAACGAGCCUUUGCGAGUGCAAUGAUGAUCGGAAUGGGUGGGGUUGGUGGAAUCGCAGGUUCCUUGGUCUUCCGCUCCCAAGAUGCACCUGAAUAUUAUCCUGGGAUCUAUGCCAAUCUUGUUGCAUCAGCCUUGAUUAUUGUGUUGGUACUGGCUUUGAGCGUGUACUUCGUUUUUGCCAAUCGGAGAGCUCAUCGGGGCCUGAUGCUGCUCGAAGGAUCGGCUGAGUUCAGAUACACAUUGUAG